UUGUUCUUCAUACUAGGAUAUCAUUUCACUUGGCAAUCUCCUACAUACUCGGAUAUCAGUCUACUUAGUAUACCAAUGCAUCAUUUUGGCGAGGCAAAUGGUAAUGGUUAAUUAAGGAAUAGAAAUUAAUUUGAAAUAUUGGCAAACAUGAGUGAAGUUCGGGAAAUUACGAUUGUGGUUAAGUGGAGUGCCAAGGAAUAUCCCAUAACCGACUUAACGGAUCAGGAUACGGUAGCUGUGCUACGUCAUGAGAUAUUCAAAAGAACUUUGGUGCGUCCCAAUCGCCAAAAGCUGCUCAACUUGAAAUAUAAAGGUAAACCGGCGGAAGAUAGCUUAAAGUUAGGGAACUUAGAGCUUAAACCCAAUUUUAAAUUGAUGAUGGUCGGUUCAACAGAGGCUGAUAUUGAGGAUGCCUGCCAAAAGCCCGAUGAUAUUGGUGAGAUCAUCGAUGAUUUGGAAGAUAACGACAACGAAGAAGAGUCCUUGGAAAAUUCGGCAAUUUAUUUGGCCAAAAUUCAAAAACGCAUUAAGGACUAUACCAUUACUGAACUCAAUCCCCCACGUCCAGGAAAGCAUUUAUUAGUUUUGGAUAUAGAUUACACUUUAUUCGACCAUCGUUCUUCCGCUGAGUCAGGAUCGGAAUUGAUGCGACCCUAUUUACAUGAAUUUCUCACAUGUGCCUAUGAGCAUUAUGAUAUUGUUAUUUGGUCGGCAACGGGCAUGCGUUGGAUUGAGGAGAAAAUGAAACUUCUGGGUGUUUCGAAUCAUCCAUCUUAUAAAAUUAUGUUUUAUUUAGAUUCGCACGCCAUGAUCUCUGUGCACACACCGGAUCGCGGUGUAAUCGAUGUUAAACCCUUGGGUGUUAUAUGGGGUCUUUAUCCUCAGUAUUCAGCUGCCAACACAAUUAUGUUUGAUGAUAUAAGACGUAAUUUUCUUAUGAAUCCACGUUCUGGCCUACGCAUUAGACCUUUUCGCCAAGCCCACUUGAAUCGUAGCACGGACAAGGAACUGCUAAAGCUAUCUAAAUAUUUAACAGAUAUAGCUACGAAUUGUAAGGACUUUUCAAAAUUGAAUCACCGCAAAUGGGAGCACUAUGAUCCGCGUAAAUAGUAUAAGGAUUUUGUGUAUUCAAAUUAUAAAUGUACAUUUGUUUUAAUAUAUAAGUGCUCUUAACGAACAAAAUUGAAAAUAGAAAACAAUGAGAAUGGUGGAUUUGUAGCUUAUGCUUUUUUAACUAAUGCAUUUCAAUUAGCAUUUUGUAAAACAGGGUUCUGAUUGUGACAGCUAUGCAUUAGGAAUGAAAUCUCAAUUUUAUCUCUCGCUUGAAAAAAAUUAUUCAGAAAAACAAUUAGAACCCAGCUAAAAUCAAUCAAUCUAUUUGUUAUAUAUGAAUGUCCAGAAAUAAAUAGUGCUUGCACUGUCGAUGAGUAUACAUUGAA